GGUAGGUUAAAGAACUGUCAUGGCUGAAGAGGGAGGAUUUCCUCAACAAAAAUUGUUAGAAAAAUGCCCCCAGAAUCAGAUAUCAACGUUACUUCAUGGAUUGAUAGACGGCAUUUGUGGAAAGUGUCCCCCGAGAUACCAGGACUAUGCAAAGAUCUGGAGUUUGGAAGAGUGGUGGAAUGUUUGUGAUUAUUUCAAGGAACUGGCAAAGGAUACUCUAAAGAAUAUCUGGUCCAAAGAUGAGAUUGCAGCACACUUAGAAGGCCUGGGGUCUUCAAAACAAGAGGUUUUAGAUGUGUUUUGGGUGCGUAGAGAGGACAUGCAACAACAUUUAAGACAAGAAACAUGUGCAAUAUCAAGGACUCAGUUGGUAGACUUUGACUGGAGUCUUAAGCUAGCCAUGUCCAGUGAUAAGAUAGCCAGCCUUCAUCAACCUCUAGUAUCAGUGGACCUGGAUGUACGAGAGGAUGAGACAAAGAGAGUAGUUUCCAUGGAACUCACCAAAGAAGACUUACAGAAACUGAUCACUUCUCUAGAAGCUGCCAACAAGGUGGUCAAUCAGCUGAAGACGUAGCACAUUGAGUGGCUCUGUGAACAGGGGACCAAAGCUGCACUUGGAACACAUGACAUCUGUUGUGAACUCUUAUAAACUUUGCUAUUCAAGCCAAAUGAAAAGUUUAUCACCACAUUUGUGAUAUUUUACAAAAUAAUAGUAAGGUUAAAAUAAAAUACAUCGUUACAAAUAAUUUUUUUCAUAAUAAUUUUUAAAGAUUUGAGAAUGGAAUAAUUAUGCUUCAAAAAAAGGUUUGACAGGAGCUCCUUUUAUUUUGGCAUGUGUUAAAUGAGGUUACAGGGUUCUACUCUCUCAUGUCUGUGUAGGUAGAACUAGAUUGCCAGUCAAACAGCAUUGGGAUCAAUAACAAUGAUAUACUUUGAUUUAUCAAAUUGAAAGGCAAUCAUCCAAGUUUUUUGCGCAUAAUUCAAAUGUAAAUGGGUUAUUUAGAGUAAUGUUUUAUAUAGACUAUACCAGAUGAGAUGUAAUUAAAUAUACUAAUGAACAGA